UAUACAGGAAAAUAUAAUAUUUUUUGGACAAACUGUACCUCCGACUGCUGGUGUCACCUUGCGUCAAAGAUGAGACAAAAUAGUCCGAAUCAGGCGCCCAGACGUAAGCUUAUACCCAAUCUUUUCAGUAGCAUAUUGAAUGUUAUCGCCGAAUCGGAUCGACCCUUGACACAACAUGAAAUCGUUGAGGCUGUGUCAGAGCGUCUGGAACGUUCCGAUGAGGAGCUAAAGCGCCAGAUAACCGUCAAUCUACAUGAUGCGAUCAUCUAUGGCUAUCUGAAGGUUCGAAACUAUCGUUACUCCAUAGUGCCUAGUCGUUUGGAUCCGAAUGAGCCGCGAGAAUCGCAGGUUCAAGGCAAUCCGAGCGAACAUAAUGGAAGAGCUACUAGAGAUUGUAACUGUAACGAAUCUCAAGGAAGGUGGCAUGAGAAAACGGUCUAAAAAGAGAGGAAAAAAACAAGAAAGACAGAACACCAAUUAAAACUCCAAAUCCUUAACUUUGACGUAAAAAUUUCCUUAAAAAUAAAAAAAAUUAUUAGUUUA